GGUGCAGGUCGCAAGUUUGUGUUUCUUUUGGGGUUUUCUUGACUAGUGGUCAAACUGAAGAAUGCAGCCCUGUCCUGACCAGUUCAUGGAAUUCCACCCGAUCCACGGCUCCAAUGUCAGACUGGACCUCUCGGGAACCCAGGCCACGCGCGUGGAGAGCUUCGCCAACGGAGUGUGUUUCAGCAAACACCCUCUGAAGCCCGGGGAGAUCUUUCUCAUCGAGAUCGAGGACAAGGAGCUGGGCUGGUGCGGCCACCUCCGGGUGGGCCUGACCGCCAUCGACCCCGGGGGCUUGGACGCUGUACCCGAAUACUCCAUCCCGGACAUGACGGACUCGGGGGACAGCUGGGUUUUCGCCAUCACUCGCAACCACAACAAGGUGGUAGAGAGUCCUCAAGAGGCCGGAGACGGAGGACUGGAUGGCGGCCGGAGGCUCGGAGGAGGGGAGGCCGGAGGAGGAGACAACACCAAGCCAAAGGCUUUCUUCACAGACUCUCACCUGUACAUCGAGGAUGUUCGGAUCCCCAGGGACAAGCUGGUCGGGCGGAGCCGGCCCGGACGCUACAGCCACAUUCUGGACGACUUGUAUAAGACCAACACACUGCCUCCCACGGCCAGACGCAGCCGGAUUGGAGUACUGUACGUGGCCAGAGGGCAGGACCUGGCCGACAUGCACAUCAUCAUCAACGGUGAGGACAUGGGUGCGUCCGCCAAGGGGAUCCCCUCCAUCCAGCCCCUCCACGCCGUGGUGGACGUCUUUGCUGCCACCAAGUGCGUCCGGAUUGUCCAGGUGGAGUACGGAUUCUCAUCCUUGCAGACAUUGUGUCGGAAAUCCAUCCAGAAGCACAUCGUCCACAGGAUGGCCCUCGACUGGCUGGAGCUGCCAGAGGCACUGAAGCACUACUGCAAAUAUGAGUGAAGGAAACACACCUGCAAUGGACAGAAAUAUCAUUUCUGAUGACUCUCCUUGUUCCUGUCAAGAAAAAAAUACAUUUAUUUUCACGAUUGAA